GUUAUAGUAAAUAGCAGUGCUAAUAUAACAUGCUUAAUUGUGAAACGUGUAUUUAUGUGUACAUGAAAGUUUUUCAUCAAUUUGAAUAAUAGUAGACAACGACAUUUGUCUGCAAUUGCACACAAUUUAUUAUUUUUAUUUUUUGAUGGAUUUUUUACCUUGUGGUAUGUACUCAAUGGCGGAUUCGACGCUUCCAGACUCUAUGGAUGGACACGGUACUCUUGCGAAAAAAAGCCGCGAAAAAAGUACGGUGACGGGAAUGGCCACGUUGACUAGGGAAGAACGACGCAGAAGACGGCGGGCUACCCAAAAGUACAGAAUGGCUCAUGCUACGCGCGAGCGAGUUAGAGUCGAGGCGUUCAACGUGGCAUUCGGAGAAUUGCGGAAACUUUUACCCACGAUACCACCCGACAAGAAAUUGUCAAAAAUCGAAAUAUUAAGACUUGCGAUAUGUUACAUUAUGUAUUUAAACCAAUUUUUGGAAACGUAAAUUGUUGAUGUUCGUGGUUUCGGAUUACCCGUGACCUUGGAUUAGGCUUACAUAAUAUAAUAAAUUAUAAAAUA